ACUUGUCAUUCCCUCGCCAUUUGUCGCACCUGGUUUCUUACGUUCUCCCCUGGGUCUCCUCUCCUAUCCGCCCUCCGUUUCCCGAAUACGUUCUGUUCGCGCAAUCUCUCUGCUGAACGCCGGCUGUACUUCGACGGAGACGGUCAACACCUGGCCCGUUCUAAACCGUCCUCCCGUGUCAAUCUCUCGUCUUCACCUAACCUAUCCGGGCAUCUUGUUAUUCUGCAAUGCAGCGGUAUGGAUUGGCUUCCGCUUCCGCUUCCUUCGUUCCCAAUUUGA